AUGACUCAGGCAACGGUGACCUUCCCAGCUUCACGGUCACGGCUUUGGGAUCCGACGCCAGUCGCAGCGCCUCUUCCGCUUGCUCCUGCUCCGCUCACAUGUGGUCUCGCUGCUCCUCCGCUUGCGGACCUCCUUCAUGCCCUCGCACCGGCUCUGGAUGAUAGUCACGCUCUGUCGGCCUCGCCGCUUGUGGCCUUUCUCCUCGGCGACAUGGUGGCCGACUCGCACUCGGUCCUCUUUGAUCGGUUUGACAAGGCCAUCGACGGUGAGGCGCCGUACACAUCGGUCCCGGCCUCGGCGCCGUCGCGGCAUCUUGCCGUCCUGCUCGAGGCGAGCGUCUCGCCCGCUGCUGCGCCGUCAGGCUCAGCGCCUGAGCUUGACUCUGCCGCUGUCGAGUUUUUUCUCGCCCGCUGGCGGACGCUGAUGGAGCUCCCGUUCCGCGACUUGCCCGACGACCCGGCCAAGUACGCUGUUGUUCUCGCAAAGGCCCGGCUUGAUGAGCGUGGCGGCGUGCUCGAGUUUGGCCUCUUUGGCGCCAUGCCCAACAUCUCGGCUUCGCUCGCCAAGAUCAACCCGCUCCGCGUUCUUAACACGGCGCUGGCGGCGUCGCUGCUCCCAGCGUCCGCUCCGCGACCCAAAGUUCGCGACGUUCCGCUCGUCGGCCUCUGGGUGUCGGGCAUCAACGUCCUCGCCCCGCACGACGCGCUCUACCUCUGGUCACGCCUCGUCGGCUUUGUCGCCGACGAGGCUCUCGACCGCGUCUUGGAUCACGACCGCAGGUUCCUCGUUCUUGUCUACCCCGCACCGCCGAGUGGCGGCGUCAGCCCCGCCGGCGCCCUCACCCCGGUCUUUUACCAGGCCUCGCUCCACGCUCGGACCCGCAAGUGGUCGUUCACCUCGCUCACUGCUGCCGUCGCGCUCGGAGCCCUUGCUGCUGGCCACGCCGAUGCCUCAGCCGACCCGAUCAUCCUCGGCGCACUCCGUCCGCACGCCUCGGCUGACUCUGCCCGCGUUCUCGCCGAGGCCCACGCCGAGCUCGACGGUUUUGGCUUCCCGUCUGCGGUCCAGAUCUCGGUCCCUGAGGCAAAGCCUCAGCUCCAAGCAGAGUCCGAGCCCGAAGCCGACGCUGUCGAGCUGCCGAGCACGACUGUCCCGCGGCCUACGCCCCCGGCGGUUCUCGCCGCCUCGGGCCUCGAUGUCAGCGUCGGCGAGUCGGGAGACGGCGAUUUGGGAGACGGCGAGUCGGGAGACGACUCGGCGCUGGACGUUGCCGCCGAGCUUGGCUUUUCCGACCUCGAGAUAACGAUGGACGACUCGGCGCCGCACCCAGCGUCACAUCCGCACGCCAACACCCACACCGGGAGUGCAGGGCAUCCGAUGGCGUGGCCGGCGUACGGCUAUCCGCACCCGGCCUUUGCCGCGUCGAUGCCGUACCCGCCGCCGAUGCACAUGUCGCACUUUCCGCCGCACCUCAUGUCGACGCCGUUCUAUGGUGCGCCGCACCCGGCAGCACACCCGGCGCCGCCGGCCGACCUCCACUCGCUCCUCCUCAUGCAGCAGGAGCAAAUCGGGCGUCUCUCUGAGCAACUGCGGACGCUCCAGGCGAGCCUCGCGGCGGCACCGCCGCCGCCGUCGCCGUCGUCGCCGCCGCCUGAAGCUGCAGCCGUCACGACCGCGACCUCCACCGGUCCGUCGCUCUACGACGCUCACACGUCGAUGUCGUGCGAUUCCGACGUCGAUCACGACACCACUGUGGCGUCGGCGGCGUCGCUGGCGUCGUGGCGCGCCCGCGCCCGCCACGAGCUGCCUGCCCUCGCUGGCCUUGGACCCGACGACACGUAUGACUCGUCGCGGUUCGACGACUCGCGCGAGGUUGCGCACGCGCAUGUUGCUGGCGGCGACGAGCCUAUCGAGCCCGACGCAGGUUCUACCGACGCCUGGGAGUGGGAAAAGGUGUCGGAGCAGGUCGAGGCUGAGGCCGCAUGUCUACUCUCGGCGCUCAAGCCUGCUUCCGGGGACGAGGCAGCGCUCGCGAUCGAGGCUGAGCCGGCACCUGCACCUGUUGCCAAGCCGGAGCCGGCACCUGCACCUGUUGCCAAGCCGGAGCCAGCACCUGCCCCGUUGCCGGAGCCGCUUGUUGCUCCGGAGGUCAACGACGAAAAUGCCGAGUACGACGGGUGUGCCACCGCGAGCGGCGGGCCGUCUGCUGAUGCCUCGCUUGUCCUCCCGCGGAUCGAGUUUGAGCCGAUCGACUACGACGACCUCGACGACGACGGCGAGGUGGACGAUGUCAAGGCACAGGCACUGACCAUCAAGUACCUCGGUAUGAUGUACGCCGACGGUAUCGACGCUGACGACAUGGGCGAGCUCGCAGGGGUGUCAACGAUCGAGCCGCGGCGCGCGCCGGCCGACCUCGACCUGGCCGACUUUUCGCUCGACUCGCGCAAGUAUCUCGAGUCGCACGGACUCGUCGGCAGCGGAGCGUCUUCCAGCUCGCGGCUGCUCGAUCGCAAUUCGAUCGCGGCGCUACCCAAGUUUGGCCACAGCGAGCAUCUGGCCCCGACGCCUGUCCAAGGCCGCAAGCGAUCAAACUCGUUUGCUGGCGCCCUGCCGGGCAUUCCAUCAGAGUCCAACAUGGGGCCCGCGGGCGAGGGCGAGGCUGGCGCCGGGACCAGAGAUGGGAGCAAAGGCGAAGGCGGAGGCAAAGGCGGAGGCAAAGGCGGGGCCGAGAGUGACAGUGGACACGGUGGUGAGGGCGGUCUCCCUCCGACUGUCUCGCAGCUCCGGAUUGCAGUGCCGAGCCAUCCGUCGCGUACCUCGGGCUCGUCGGACUACGUCGACGCGCUCGAGUCGCUCUCGCUGACUCCGACGGUCGGCACCCCACUGCAGUCGGAAGCCUCAACGCCGGUUGCCGAGAUCGAAAAUGCCGCAGCAGCCGAGCCUGUCGCUGUGACAGAGCCGGCCGACGACGGCUCGUCGUCGGGCUCCUCGGAAGCCUACCUCACUGCCAUUCCGUCCGAGUUUGCCGCGGCCAAGGCCGAGCAUGAGGCUGAGCAAGCAGCUACGACAGCCAGCGUCGCCGCCAAAGCCAGCCAGCAAAAGGCCAAGUCUGCAUGGCGGAGCAAGAGCCAGCAGAUGGCGUUUGCGGUGCGUGGUGACGACGAGACGAGCGGGUCUGACGACGGCGGCGCAUCGUCGGCGUCGUCGGCCUGCUUUGACACGAUGGUACCAUCAGAGCUCGAGGCUGCGUUUGAGGAGCGCGAGCGUGAGCUGGCCGCGACGGAGCAGGCUGCAGCGAGUGCGGUGGCGGCUGUGGACAAGGCGCUCGACGAGGACAUUGCCGACGGCGAAGACUACCACCGGCAGCGCGAGCCGGUCUUUGACCUCCGAGUCCUCACCUCGGACCAGCUUCGGGACAAACUUGUGGUUCUCGAUGCCGAGCGCGAGAUGGAGAUUAAGAAGACGCGGAUCCAGUUUGAGACGCUGCGGUCGAUUCUGGAGACGUACGCGCUCGCGCAUCGCGACGCCGUGCCCGACGGCGGCGAGUCUGGCGACGGCGAUGAGUCGGACGGUUCGUCCGACUACGACUGCGGGACUGCGGUCAUGGCGCGCGGUGAGUUCCAGGCUUGGUCCGAGGAGGACAAGCUCCGCAAACAAGUUGCUGCGCUCACCGAGGCCCGCAUCGCGGACGCGCAGGCACUUGCCGCGGCUCGGCAGGAGAUUUUGCAGCUGCAGGCGCAACUCGAAGCAGCGCGUGCAGUGCCGUCCGGAAGUACGAUCAAGUCGGCAGCGUCGACACUGAAGUCGGCAUCGCUGGCCCUCGCUACUGUUGCUGAAGACGAGCAGCUGUCGUCGUUCGAGAUGGUGCUGGGCAAGACGGUGGACGCGCUGUGGGAGUCGGCCAUCGACUCGAUGUCGAUGCACACUGCGCUCGAGACGGCCCGCAAGGCCGCAGUGCAGAUGACGGCGUCGGCCAAGCCGAUCGCCAUGCCGGUGCUCUCGGGCAAGGGCGCGACAGCGGCGCACCUGGUUGUUGUCCGGCGGCAAGUCCGGCUCGAGGCGGCAACGCUCGAGCGGCUGGUGGACUACCUCACGCCCGCGGGCCGACCGAACCUCAAGUUCAUCCAGUCGUUCCUGCUUGCGUACCGGGCGUUUGCCAAGCCGUUUACCCUUCUCUCGCUCCUCAUUUCACGGUUCAACCUCGCGCUGCCGCCGUCUGCGGCCGGCGACGCAGGCCAGCAAGGCUACAUCCGUCAGUGGCGGCCGGUCAUCCGUGUCCGCGUUGUCACGUUUCUCUCGCUUUGGCUCGAGGGCUACUUUGGCGACUUUGGCGCCAACACGCUCAUGAUGGACGGGCUCGCCGACUUUGGGCGGCUGCUUGAGGCAGCGGUGGCGGAGACGCCGGAGGACGCGCCGCCGUCACCCUCGUCGGAUCGGGCCAUCCAGGACGCGGCGUCCAAGGAGAUUGCGGUGAUGGAAAAGUUCCGGCUGCGGCUGGGUGACAAGAUUGCCAACCGGUCAGCGCUCAUGACCGAGGCUUAUGAAAUCACGCUGAAGCCGGAGCAGGACAACAUCUCGAUCGACUUUAUCCUCAAGGUGAACGACGACUCACUCGCGCAGUCGAUCACCAUGCUGGAGGUCAAGCUGCUGGCGCAGGUCAAGGCGGUGGAGAUCCUCAACUACGCUACGCAGUCGGGCGACUCGACAAAGUCGGUGCUCAAGUACCUCGCGGCGUAUGAGACCAUCGUGUAUUGGGUGGUGACAGUCAUUGUCUCGGGCCCGACGCCAUCCAAGCGCAAGGCGGCGAUCACCAAGUUUGUCCGCCUCGCCGACACCCUCCUUCACAAGCACCGCAACUACAACACGUUCAUGGCCAUCAUGGCCGGCCUCGACUCGUCGUUUGUCAAGCGGCUUGACAACACGUGGUCGGCCAUCUCGUCCAAGACCCGGCGCAUCGUCUCCAAGCUCCUGCACUACUCGUCCAAGCUCAGCACGCUCAAGGAGGUGAUCGCGGAGCAGGCAGCCGCGGCGCCCGGCGCACCCACUGUCCCCUUCUUUCAGAUGCACCUCGACGAGCUCAAGUACCAGAUCCGCGCCACGCCGCUUAAGCGGCCCGACGGGCUCGUCGCCAUUCUUCCCAUGCUUGACCUUGUCCAGACGUUGCGGAACAUCAAGCCGACGUCGCCGGCGACAUAUCCUUUCCAGGCCACGCCCACCAUCCUCAAGUACCUUGUCCACAUGCCAUCGUUUGACAAGCGGACACUGUACCGACUCUCGUUCAAGUGUCAGCAGUAG